AUGGAUCCAGUGCAAAAAAAGUAUAAAAAAGCUUUGAAGAUGUCCGAAAUCGUACACCAUCUUCAAGAUAUUGGAGAUUCUAGUGAUGAGGAGUUGAAUGAAAUUGAAGUUGCCAUAUUGCCGCCGGAUGAGGUGGAAUUUUCGUGCACGAUCGAUAACGUCGCGGAAAAUCAUCCUACUCAAACCACAUCUUGGACAAGCAAGACAGUCACAUGGCGUAAGUGUGAACCAGUACAUUCUGAAAUACAGCUGGAAUCUAAUACUGAUAAACAAUGUUUGAAAAAUAUGAUUACGGAGUUGGAAGGAAACUCAGCGGUAGAAAUAUUUGAAAACUUGUUGUAUGACGAGACUCUAGAAUACAUCGUGCACGAAACUGUAACCUACGCCAAACAUUAUAAAAAUGAUUUGAACUUUAAUCUAACUAUAACUGUUGAUGAAGUGAUCGUCAAAUACUUCGGUCACCAUGAAAUCAAACAAUUUAUAAAAGGUAAAUUAGUAAGGUUCGGAUAUAAGCUUUGGGCACUGUGUGGAGUCAGCGGAUAUUGUUACAACUUUUCGCUUUACCCGGGCAAGGAUGCUCCAACCUCUGCUAGUAGUAAUGAUGGCUUGGGUGCAACAGUGGUAAAGAAGUUGCUUGAAGUUUAUACAGAUCCCAGAGCACAUGUAGUCUACUUCGAUAAAUUUUUCAGCAGCAUGCAACUGUUGAUUGAUUUGAAAUCUCAAGGGUUCAGAGCUACAGGGAAAGUCAGAGAAAAUAGGACUAAAAUGUCUAUCAUGACUAAACAGGAGAUGAAAAAGAAAGACCAAGGUUUUUCAGAUUAUCCUUUUGAUAAAAAUAAUGAAAUUUUGUGCGUGAAAUGGCAUGACAUCAAUGUUGUUUGUCUUUUGACUAAUUUUGAUUCUGUUGAACCUUUGGUAAAAACGAAUAGGUACUCAAAGAAAGAAAAGGCCAAAGUAGCCGUGAAUCAGCCAAUGCUUAUUCAUAAUUAUAAUAAAAAUAUGGGAGGAGUGGAUAAACAUGAUUGGCUGAUUUCUAAAUAUCCAAUCUGCUUUAGAGGUAAAAAAUGUUAUUGGUCUUUUGUCAUCCGUAUUUUAGACAUGUCCCUUGUGAAUGCAUGGAUUAUCUACAACCAGAUAAAUAAAGAUGAGACCAUCCCUCUGCUAGAUUUCAGACGAAGGGUGUGUUUUGCUUGGACGAAAAUAUCGAAAGGCAAGGCAAGUCAACCGACAUCCUGUCCUUCAGAAGUUCUUUUACUACCUGUCAGGUUUGAUAAUGUUGGUCACUAUAUGACAAAGAGGGCAAACAGAGGCGUUGUUAAGGACAAGGUUGUAAGAAAAAACCUCUAA